AUGGUCUACUUAUCAAUAUCAUUCAACUCCAAACUUACAAAUCCUAUAAAUCUGAAUUAGAAUAUGGCUUCUCACUACAAGGUUGAUAGGGAACUCAAUCAGGUAUUAUUUGAAGGAGACUCAGUUUUCAGAAAGGUGAUACUAAAUAGACCAAACAAGUUAAAUAGUUUGAACUAUGAAAUGGUUUCUCAAAUGCUAAGGAAUUUAAGAGCCUUUGAGAUGAAUUCCAGUGUCAAAUUUGUGAUUUUGAAGGCAAAUGGGAAAGCAUUUUGUGCUGGGGGUGACGUUCUAUCAAUUGUUGGUUCCAUGAUGAAAGGACAUUGGAGUUUUGGAGCAAGAUUUUAUAAGAAACAAUUGAAGUUGGACUAUUUAACUGCUACAUAUAAGAAACCUUUGAUUCCACUUAUUGAUGGUAUCGUAAUGGGAGGUGGCGUUGGAUUGUCCAUGCAUGGAAGGUUUAAGAUUGUUACCGAGAAAGCUGUAUUUGCUAUGCCAGAAGCUUCCAUAGGACUAUUCCCAGAUGUUGGGGCGUCACAUUUUCUUUCUAGGCUCCCAGGGCAUUUUGGAGAAUACUUAGGACUUACCGGAGCCAGACUAAAUGGAGUAGAAAUGUUUGCAUGUGGCCUCGCUACACAUUUUGUUCUCUCCAGAGAUUUGCCUUCGUUGGAAAAUGCUCUCCAAACACUAAUAUCAUCGGAGAAUACAUCAAUUGAUGAAGUUAUUAACAAAUUUUCACAAAGGCCUAAGCUUAAGGAAGACAGCAUUUAUAAGAGAUUGGAGAUAAUUAAUGAAUGUUUCUCCAAAGAUAGAGUUGAGGACAUCUUACUUGCUCUUGAAAAUGAGGCAAAAAACAAAGAGGAGAAUUGGGUUAUUAGAGCAAUAAAGUCCAUGAAAUCAGCCAGCCCUACAAGCCUCAAAAUUACUUUAAGAUCGGGAUCAAGGGCAAUGCUAUUUGAUAAGGAUAAAAAACCAAAGUGGGAGCCAUCAAAACUAGAAUUGGUGAGCGAAGAAAUGGUGGACCGUUGUUUUGCUGGUAUUGAUGAUGAUGACUGGAAGUAUUUGAAACUUCCACCUUCCAGAAUCCCUCCAUUAGAGUUUUUGAAGCCAAAGCUCUAAAUGCUAAAAUAUAUAUUUAUUCAAUGGGUGUUAUUGCAGAUGUACGAUAAUUAUUUCUGCAAUUUUAAUCUUCAAUAAUUAUGUAAUCUGUGGGUUAAUAUUUGUUGAAAUAUGUUUGAAUAAGGGUGUAAUAAUGAUAAUAUUUAUCA